UGCUGCAAAUUUUCACAUUUCCAGUACAACCCUGUCCAUAGAUCUCACUGACUCCUCCUCUGCCUCCCCCACCUCCUUGUGCAAGAAGGAAUAACACUCACAGCACCCUCCCUGCUCAGUGGCCGCACAGCACCCAGUUGUCUCCUCUCGCCAGGUACUCACGUGACCCGGGACCAUGAAGAUUGCAGUGAUUGGUCAAAGUCUGUUUGGCAGAGAAGUUUACAGGGAGUUGCUGAAAGAAGGACACCAGGUGGUUGGAGUGUUCACCAUCCCAGACAAAAAUGGCAAAGCAGAUCCUCUUGGUGCUGAUGCUGAGAAGGAUGGAAUACCCGUUUUCAAGUUCCCACGUUGGAGGGUAAAAGGUCAGGCCAUUCCGGAGGUAGUAGAAAAAUAUAAGGCACUAGAGGCUGAGCUCAACGUCCUUCCUUUCUGCUCCCAAUUCAUUCCAAUGGAAGUCAUUGACUGCCCUAAACAUGGCUCCAUCAUCUAUCAUCCAUCUAUUCUUCCCAGGCACAGAGGGGCCUCUGCAAUCAACUGGACCCUAAUGCAAGGCGACAAGAUUGGGGGCUUCACUGUAUUCUGGGCUGACGAUGGACUUGACACAGGAGACAUCUUGCUACAGAGACAAUGCGAGGUCCUCCCUGAUGAUAUGGUGAACACAAUUUACAACAGGUUCCUCUUCCCCGAAGGAGUGAAAGGAAUGGUGGAAGCUGUGCGCCUCAUUGCAGAGGGUAAUGCCCCGAGGAUAAAGCAGCCAACUGAAGGAGCCACGUAUGAUCCCAUGCAGAAGAAAGAGAAUGCCAAGAUUAACUGGGACCAGCCAGCAGAAGACAUCCACAACUUCAUCAGAGGGAAUGAUAAGGUGCCAGGAGCUUGGACAGUCGUGGAUGAUCAGCAACUGACCUUCUUUGGCUCAUCAUUUACACGUAAUGGCCCAGCUCCUGAUGGACAGCCACUGGAGAUUCCGGGAGCUUCUAGGCCGGCCUUGGUCACCAAAACUGGACUAGUACUUUUUGGGAAUGAUGGCGAGAGGUUAACAGUAAAGAAUAUCCAGUUUGAAGAUGGUAAGAUGAUUCCAGCAUCUCAGUAUUUUAAAACUGCUGACAGUGCUGCCCUGCAGCUAUCGGAGGAGGAGCAGAAGGUGUCAGAAGAAAUCCGGGCGGCAUGGAGACGAAUCCUCACCAAUGUCUCUGAGAUUGAAGACUCCACAGACUUUUUCAAAGCCGGAGCUGCCUCCAUGGAUGUUGUGAGGCUGGUGGAAGAGGUGAAGUUGAAAUGCAAUGGGCUGCAGCUGCAAAACGAGGAUGUCUACAUGGCGACCAAGUUUGAGGAGUUCAUACAGAUGGUGGUGAGGCGGAUGAGAGGAGAGGAUGGAGAAGAGGAACUGGUUAUAGAUUAUGUGGAGAAGGAAAUCAACAACAUGACUGUCAAAAUACCUCAUCAGCUUUUCAUAAAUGGACAGUUUAUGGAUGCAGAAGGAGGGAAGUCCUAUGACACAAUCAAUCCUACAGAUGGGACGGCAAUUUGCAAAGUGUCUUUGGCCCAGAUUUCUGAUAUAGACAGAGCUGUUGCCGCAGCCAAGGAAGCCUUUGAAAAUGGAGAAUGGGGGAAAAUGAAUCCAAGGGACAGAGGCCGUUUACUAUACAGACUGGCAGAUCUAAUGGAAGAGCACCAAGAAGAGCUAGCUACCAUUGAAUCUAUAGACUCUGGCGCUGUCUAUACCUUGGCCUUGAAGACUCAUGUAGGGAUGUCUAUCCAGACUUUUAGAUACUUUGCUGGCUGGUGUGAUAAAAUCCAGGGUAGAACCAUUCCAAUUAAUCAGGCUCGUCCGAACCGCAAUCUGACAUUCACCAGGAGAGAACCCAUCGGUGUCUGCGGGAUUGUGAUACCAUGGAACUACCCCUUAAUGAUGCUGGCAUGGAAAACAGCAGCUUGCCUUACUGCUGGCAACACAGUGGUACUGAAACCUGCUCAGGUGACCCCACUGACUGCACUUAAGUUUGCAGAAUUGUCAGUUAAAGCAGGAAUUCCCAAAGGAGUCAUAAAUAUCCUGCCAGGAGCUGGUUCUCUGAUCGGCCAGCGUCUCUCUGACCACCCUGAUGUCAGGAAAAUUGGUUUCACCGGCUCCACUCCCAUAGGAAAACAGAUCAUGAAAAGCUGUGCAGUGAGCAAUGUGAAGAAGGUAUCCCUGGAGUUGGGUGGCAAAUCUCCUCUGAUCAUUUUCCAUGAUUGUGAUCUAGACAAGGCAGUCCGCAUGGGGAUGAGCUCUGUGUUUUUCAAUAAGGGGGAGAACUGCAUUGCAGCUGGCCGACUUUUCCUAGAAGAAUCCAUCCAUGAUGAGUUUGUGAAGAGAGUGGUUGAAGAAGUGAAGAAAAUGAAGAUUGGGGACCCACUGGACAGAUCCACAGAUCACGGACCACAGAACCACAAAGCUCACCUGGAUAAACUGAUUGAAUACUGUCAGACAGGAGUGAAGGAGGGGGGCAAGCUGGUGUAUGGGGGGAAGCAGGUAGAGAGGCCAGGGUUUUUCUUUGAGCCGACCAUAUUUACGGAUGUCACAGAUGAGAUGUUUAUCGCAAAAGAGGAAUCAUUUGGCCCUGUAAUGAUCAUAUCCAAGUUUAAUGAUGGGGACAUUGAUGGGGUUCUUAAGCGAGCCAAUGACAGCGAGUUUGGCCUUGCCUCAGGAGUAUUCACCAAGGACAUCAACAAAGCUCUCUAUGUCAGCGAGAAGCUUCAGGCCGGAACUGUGUUUGUAAAUACCUACAACAAAACCGAUGUAGCUGCACCCUUUGGGGGUUUCAAACAGUCUGGAUUUGGAAAGGACUUGGGUGAGGAGGCACUGAAUGAAUACUUAAAGACAAAAGCUGUCACCAUUGAAUACUGAGGAGAUUUGCAGCCAAUCAUUCUAGUAAAUGAAGAUGAGCUUGUGCCAAUAAUGCCCGAAAUCAAUAGAGAAUGGAUAUUAGGUCCUCUCUGUAAUUGCAUUUACAAAACCUGCAAUGAUCUCCAUUGUAUUAGAAGUCCUAAGCAAAGACAUUGAGGUGUCCCCAUGGGAAAGAUGGGUGCUAAGGAGAAAUCAUUUAUGGUGUGCCACUCACAGCUUCCUGGCAUAUGUAUGUUAGGAAAACUGUCAAUCACUGGAGCGGAGGUGGCACUGGGAUAUGUCGAGUAAAGUUCUAAGCCUUAUCAAUCUUAUCAGUGAAGAUGUGUCCUAUGUGCUCUGAUAUCAGCAAAUCCUUCUCUGCUGGUUGAGGUUACAGAUGUAAAGCAACGUGCUGUAAGGAACUAUUUUGUAACUCUACAGAAUACUUCCAUUUGCGAGCAGAUGAUUAUUGACUGCCCUGCUACACUAUGUAUAUAUAAAUAGAAAAAAUGCCUAGAUUUUCAGAUCUCUUCCAGAUUUGCCCUCAGUUGUACAGUGCUUUGGAAUAUGGGGUGCUUUAUAAAUAAAAAUUAAUUGUAAUCAAA